AUGAAAAGGAUCAGAUAUUUCUCUUUACUGGGAUCUAGAAGGGGACUUAUACUACGCCCAGAGUCUACCAAGGAUCCCUAUAGGUAUCCAUUAGGUUAUGUUCCUCUUGAUGGUUCAGAAUCAAUAGAUAGUGUCUGCUCUUUAGUGAAAAAUGGUUUUUUUGUAGCUCCUUUAAAUAAAAUAGAGACUAUUCAUCGUGCUCACCUUGGUGUUCGACAUUUACUACGCUCAGAAUAUCCGGCCGUUAGCCCUGUAGAUAUGAUUGGUUUGCAAUUAAGAUUAAAAGAAAUUUGUAGUCGUUUGCUUAUUCGUAGAGAUUUUUGGGUUUUAGAUGAUUUUAAUGAUCCCGAAUUAAAUUCAAGCUUUGGUAUUCAAAAUGUUUACUUUGAUAAUUUUAAAUGGUCUCAGGUUCUUUGGAAAAGGUUUCAGGUUUUUGUGGAAGAAUAUUUUCCUGUUUCAGAUCAUACACAUCUUACGUAUGAUGAGUAUCUUCAACUUUUGAGAAGUUUUUCACACUUUGAACAAGGAGCAAGUUUGGCUCCUUUAAUUCCAAAACGUUGUAAAGUGCAUCCUCCCUUUGGGGUUGUGGUACCAUCAAAGGUUGAUCUUGAACCACUUUUGUUAUAUAGUAACUGGUUAAAAAACUUUAGAGGUCCUUUAAUGUUAAAUAAGGCUCUUGUUGUAUGGAGUCGUUGUGGUGCUGCUGCUUUUGCAACUAAAGAAUGUGGAGUUCCUAUAGUUCGAGGAGUUGAUCCUAAUCCGAGAGCUGUGAAAUCUAGUAGAAAAGAUGCACAGCAAAUGGGUAAACGUUUUGAUGCUAUAAGUUUUAGAGUUGGAGAAAUGUUUGCAGGUAUGGAUGACUUUUCAAAAUCAUCAAAACAAGAAAAAUAUGACUUAAUAGUUUUUUAUCCUGAUCAAGGGUCAUUUGAUUCCCUUUUUUCUGAAAAUACAAGUUUGUAUGCACCAGGAAUGGAUGGCUAUGCAGGUCGUCUGGAACAAUUUUUUGAUGAAGCAGGAUCUUAUCUUUCCGAUUCUGGAGUUUUAGCAGUUUGUUGUACUAAUCUUAAUUCUAUUUUAAAACCAAAUGAACCUAAUCCAAUUGAAUACGAAAUUAAAACAAACCGAAGAUGGAUUCUUUUAGAUUACUAUGACCUACCUAUAAGAAGUAAGGGUGUUCUUUCUCACAUUCCAAUGGAGCAUCGUUAUCGACUUCCCUAUGACUUAAAGAAACAACUAAGGAGUGAGUUAUGGAUUAUGCACAAAGUAGAAUCACUUAGUCAUUUUGCCUAUAUUCAUAAAAUACCAGGAGCUAAACCUCCAUCUUGUGUAAGUUCAUAUUGGAGAAAUAAAAGUCUUGGUAAACUAAGACGUAGUGUAAUGAAAGAACAAGUGGAGUUAAUGGGAGGAGAUUGGGAUGAUUAUAAAAAACGUAUGCUUCACUUACUUCAGGAACAAAAUGGGGAUGAGGAAGAUGAUGUGGCUCAAGCUGCACGAAUGGCAUUAGAUCCAACAUAUCCACUGGAACUAGCGCGUAGAGCUCGUGUUGCAGUUGAAAAGAAUAUGGAGUCUGAACGUGUAUUUCAUGAAAGUGUUGCCAAACAGUUUCCGGAAGAAUCACCUCGUGCUGUAUUUGAUUCAACUUACCUCGGUCAAACAUACUGA